CUCUCUCUCAUCCUUUGGUUCUUUCCAGAAACAUUCGAUUCAGAAGCGUAAGAAAGAAAAUGGAGUUCACCGCAGAGCAGCUUAGCCACUACAACGGCACCGACGAAUCGAAACCGAUCUACGUCGCAAUCAAGGGCCGAGUAUUCGACGUCACCACCGGAAAAUCCUUCUACGGAGCCGGAGGCGAUUACGCGAUGUUCGCCGGGAAAGACGCGAGCAGAGCCCUGGGUAAGAUGAGCAAGAACGAAGAAGAUGUCUCUCCUUCUCUCGAAGGCCUCUCUGAGAAAGAGAUCAACACUCUUAAUGACUGGGAGAAGAAAUUCGAAGCUAAGUAUCCAGUCGUUGGUCGCGUUGUCUCCUAGGGUCAAAAUCCCUUUUGUGAUUUCUGAGUUUGUAAGUAACUAUGGUGUGAGAGAUCUGUGUGUUUCGUGUUUACGAUUUCUGGAAAUUUACCAAUCGUUUGAUCUGCUCGUUUUGAUGACGAUUCGACACUAAUAAGAACCAAAAUGUCUAAAUAAAAUUGGUGUUUCAAAUAAUU